CAGGCAGCAUGCCAGCCGUUUUCCUCCUCCUGCGCUCCCUGGUUAUCAGGCUCCUCAGUAGCAAAUUAGCGGGCUCGGCGGUGCAGUUCCUCCGCAGAAGCCUCUCCACGGCCGUGUCCCACCUCGGCACAGCGCUGCGUCACGUCUGGGACCGGCUGCGCUCGCAGGAGUCCAAGGAAGCCAUCCUCGGCUGCGUGCUCUGCAUUCUCAACAUGCACAAGAAAGUGGACAACUGA